AUGGCCUUUCGACGCGCGUCUUCGGCACUUUGGCCGACACCGUGUACACGUGGACCCGGCUAUUGCAUCCGACCCUUCCUGUCGCCGCAGCUAGCACCACUGGCACGCCACGGUCAAGGUCUCGGCUCCUGGCAGGAGCUCCGCUUGGACUUCUCGCGGCUCUAUGGAGGUGGAGCAGAGGCUGAGAAGGCACUUCAGAUCCAGCGUAAGAAGAUGCUGUACCAGGCGCGAAAUCGAGGGGAUCCCCUGCUCGCCGACUUCCUCGUGGGCUUCGUGGAGGCGAAAGGUCUGGAGCUGACCCUCGAGGAUGGAGAAUCCUGGGCCAAGCUGAUGGAGUGUGAGGAGGAGUUUCUGAUGAACCUGGCGGCUGCGAAAAUCGAAGUGCCAGAAGAUCUGAACUCAUCGCUCCUGCGGCGCCUGCAGGACUUCCUGGCUGCGGGGCCGCCGCGGAAGGGUCUUACCGGAGACAGCCCUUGGGGGCAAUGA